AUGCACAGAUCAAGCACCGUGGAACUCAACUGUGUUGGAUUAAUUCCAGGAGCAGCAUUCAUAACAACAAUGGAGUACAGCAAAGGCAGAACACAUGAUUUGUAUGGGGCCCCAAUGGAUGCUGGUUUUUGUAUGGAGUUCAAGAUGGAGUCUCUGACACCGCAGUGCAUGGUGGAGAACAGACCCUACACGCGCUGGAUGCAGUACUUGAGGGAGGGCUACAGUGUCUGUGUGGCCUGCCAACCUCUGGCGAUGAACAACCACAGUCGGAGUUGCCAAGGAGACGGCAACCUAGCUGAGAGGGAUGAGCUUCUACACUGGCAGGCGGCGGGAAGCCCUCGCUGCAGAGGAACAUGGAGGAAAGUGCAGAGACUACAGCACUGCUCCUGUCCACAAGUGCACAGCUUCAUUUUCAUUUAAACAUGAGAUGCUUCUUCAACCCCUUGAUAAAAUCCACUAAUGAACAAUAUAUCCUAUUGUUACAUGUCACAAAAAACCAUCCCAUCACACUUUCACAUACAUGUGUUGUUUGUUUUGUUGAGAUUAAUUUAUCUUGCCAUUUCUGCACCCUUGUAAUAUUUUUUUGUAUUCAGUUAUUUUUGAUUUCAUGUCUGAAGAGUGACGUUAUUAUUAUGUUAUAUUUUUUCAGGUUGGAUGAGAUAAAGGGGUUAAAAAUAAUUCAUUUGAAAUAUUAGAAUAAAAAAUAUUAGAAGCCUUGUGGGCAAAAUUGAUUUACUUCGUGUGUGGGUUGAUUUAAACAAACCUGAUAUUGUCACACUCUUUGAAAAAUGGCUUAAUAGCCGUGUUUUGGACAGUGUGAUAAACUUAACC